AUGUUGGGCAGGCUACUUCGCACUAACUCGUUCAUCGACCUGCUGGGGUCCUUCCCUAACGGCAAAGACGACGGAAAGGGGCCUCAGCCUCACCACGAGGCUACGCCGCCGCCGUCGUCGAUGCACAUGCCAGACGAGCUCCGGACGCUGCUCUAUGGGUGCAGGAAGGUAGAGGGGGAAGGGCGAGGCGGAGAGGGGCGCGGCAGCGGGACGUUCCGGCUGGUGGUGGCGCAGGAGCUGGGGCAGAUGAUGAGCCGGGACAACUACCAGGUGGUACUGGACUGCGGGGGGACGCGGGCCGCGGUCGGGAGCGGGGGGGCGGAGAUGCCGCUGUCGGAACUGAAGGAGUACAUAUUCGGGUCGCCGGUGCGGCUCAGUGACCGGUGCCGGAGCGACAAGCUGAAGCUGAGCCGGGGCGCGCGCGUGAUUGUGGUGACGCGGAUAUUCUACACGGGGUACGCGGGGAACGCGCGGCGGCUGGCGGUGUGCUGCUGCAUUCCGGAGCAAUUCCUGACGGUGGUAACCGAGUGCUGGUCGCAGGUUAGCGCGUGGUUCGACGAGGUGCAGGACGUGCUGAUGCCGCUGCUGGAGGCGGAGCCGCUGCUGCCAAAAGACCUGCGGGUCAGCGCGCCGGCGCAGGUGGACGUGUUGCUGCACAAGUUCUACCGGCACCUGAUUCUGCCUCUGCACGGGUUGCUGGAGACACACAGGCUGUUUUUGUACCCCGCGGACUCGCUGGACUUUGUGACUGCGUGGUUCCGCGAGGUGUUCAACUGGCUGGAGGUGAAGGACGGCCAUCGGCUGAAGUUCCUGCCUGCGCUGCUUGGCAAGCUCCGACACGACGCUGCCGCGGAGCUGCUGCACAACCGCAGCUCGCGCAUUGUGGUCAUGUCGGGCAACGUGACGGUGGCGAACAAGCUCAUCUUCAUACUGUCGGCCUUUCUUCGCCCGCGCUACUCAGGCCAGGUGCACUACGUGGACGACGGGUUGGCCGCACGCAACGUAGAGCUGAAGGAGGCGCCGGCGGACCCGAAGUACUCCAGCACCAUCACCAGCAAGGGCUGGGAGAUCCCGCGGAAGCGUUCCCGGUCGAGCGUGCUGAGCAAGUCAUCCGACGAGACGUCCUUUGCGCACGUUUUCCUGCCCUCCUCACUACGCAGCACCAACUCGCUACAGUACAUUUCCUCGUCACUGAACUCCCAGUACGGCAGCUACGGCUCCUGGUUCAAGAAGACGAUCCCACUGGGCCACUCACCACGCAUCAACGAAUCUCCAGACAACACAUUCAUGCACCACCACACCAACAGCACGUCCUCGCUGCAGCAGCAGCAGGCUGGCACAUGUGCAUCUGGCAACAAUGCGUCGUCUGUAACCACUUCCACAACGCCCAAUACCAACCGGUGGUCGCAGGGCUCGCCUUCAAUAAGCGAAUAUGAGGAAUACCCUUGGCUAGGGUACGGAACGGCCCCUUCGGGCGCGCCCUCGAAGUCCAGAAUCCAAAAAGUCAACAUGCCCAGAAAUAGUAAUAGAGUUCACGAUAAAAAGCUCCUACACGAGAGGUUUGUCAGUAUAUGCGGCGACGUCCAGGAAGUUGACUUCCAUACGUCCCCAGCUACCGAGUCGUACGGCGCAAUCCUUGAGGUGCCUAUUCUCGAGGAGCUCUCAUUCCCCUCGCAGGAACUGCUACCACGCUAUUCUUCGUACCUACCCACCCUGGACCCGGCCUUUCAGGUCCAGGCCUGUCCGAUUACAUCUAAUACAGAGCGCAGGCUUGUGGAUUGCAUGAAGCAGGAUCUUCAUAACGCCGAAUACUCUCGUACUCUGCUCAUCUCCCUCCGCUCGCGUGAAAUCAAGGAAAUCACCAUCACAAAGGAUCCAAGUACGAAAACGAUAGUUCAGCGUACAAAAAAGAUAUUCCUCAACGGAAAGCCAGGUCAUGUGUCCCAGAAGCUACAUGAAGAGAUUCAUUUUGUAGAUAACCAUUUAACCGCCACCUGGAAGAAAUGGGAAGAUCCUGUGGAAUCCGAGGAUAAAACUAAACUAUUCAUCACGUCCUUUCACGAAUUAAUGAAAUAG